AUGCAUCAAGCGCGAAGCGACUUCCCUCGCCUCCCGAAAACAGAACCCGAUGCUGACCAUGGGGGAGACUUUAACAACCAUUUCCCUGUUCCCAGCGUCAAUGGGUCGACUUCCCGAUUCUAUGGUUCGAGCUCCGUGUUUGCGCUUAUGGUCGAGGCCCUGGCGUUGGCCUCCGACAAGAAUCUCUUCAUCCCUUCGGGUCCACCGGAGCCUCCUCUUUCAGGUGAAGGACGGCUAUGA